AUGGCAUCUACAUCAGAAGAUUCGCCGUUACUGCCUCAGCAGAAUCCUCCCUCGCCACGGGCAACUCGCGCCGCGCGGCAGGUGACCUUCAAUCCGUUGACGACAAUCAGCACCUACGGCGGAACCACCCACUCCGAUCCGACCUUCCGACCUCUACAGACUGGUUCGCCUCCAGUCCAGAAUGUCAAUGCACAGGGCGGACACCCUCGUGUUGGGGGCCAGCCGAUGCUCUCCGCGUUGAACAGCAAACUUCGUCGUCGCAAUAGUUAUGGCGCCCCCCUCACUGCACCGAACACGCCCGCAGGCUCUAAGAUUGGCCCGCAACGUACCACGAAGAAAGCGCAAAAGCUCAAGUUGCUCCCUGACCCAGUUACAGCCGAAGAGGAAGAUGCCAUGCUGCACGUCUCAGGCAAAGCCGACCGUGAUCGUAUUCCCCGAGUUACUGCAUACUGCACUGCCAACUCAUACCGCCUGGAAGGUGUCAUCAAGUUCUUGAAGUCCCGCGCUAAGUCUCGUGGGGCGAAUCCCAAGCUGUUCGACGAGUGCGUUUAUUCCCCAUUCGACUAUCAAUUCGAAGAAAAGCAGAAGGGAGGCCGGCUCUUCCCUGUUGGAGGAAACAAUGGACACCAUGAACGGCGCACAAGCGAGCGAAGAUAUUCGGACAGUGCGGUAGAAGUGGAGGACAACACCAAGACACGACGAGAAGACCUGAUCGACUUUCGCGACGAAACAGGCCACCCAGUCGAUGUCAAUUCAGAACACGCAGUAUCAGCACCGCAAUCGGAUGAAAACUUCGAUAUUGACACAACCAUUCAUACCCCCGAGAUAUUUCUGUUCGACUACGGUACAGUUGUCAUAUGGGGAAUGAGCCCUGCGCAAGAAUCCCGUUUCUUAUCCGAUAUCUCCAAGUUUGCCUCAUCCAUAUUAAGUCAGGAUGAUACGCAGAUUGAGAAUUUCAACUUCUACUACGCGCGCGAAUACCAGGCACGCAUAUACAACGAUUUCAUCUCGCUCCGGGACCCGCGCAACCAUAUGAUUAAGUUGGCCAUUUCGCAUGCUCUUGCGCAAUCGGUGAAAACCUCUCUGUUCGAGGACCUUGUUUCUGAAACUAUAUCCGAUACGGCUCCCCUGCCAGCUCAGAUCGCGCAAACGGGUAGCGUCAACCUGACUCGUCGGCAAAUCAACAUGCAAAUUGGCGAGCUUUUCAUCCUUCGAAUCAAUAUUCAUUUGCAAGGAUCCGUUCUCGACAGCCCGGAGCUUUUCUGGGCGGAACCCCAGCUCGAGCCUGUCUACCAAGCUGUUCGAAGUUAUCUGGAGAUGGAUCAGCGAGUCAGCUUACUCACCGAGCGUCUGGAUGUCAUUGCAGAUCUUCUCGCCGUGCUUAAAGAUCAAUUGACACAUCGCCACGGAGAAUACCUAGAAUGGAUUGUCAUCGUUCUCAUCGGCGCUGAGAUUCUCGUCGCCGUUCUUAACAUCGUUGUCGAUCUCUACGCUGGAGUCGAUUAA